AGGCUCUCGGUUUUCUCAAACGACCGAGAAGCAAGUGAUGAUCGUCACCAUUGACGACAGCAAGCCAAACUUUCUGCUACUACUAUUGUUGGCCUUCUUCUUCUUCUCUCAAACCCAGAUUUGGGUUUGAGAGAAGAAGAAGAAGGCCGACAACAAUAGUAGCAGAAGGACCCAGAUCUGGGUUUUUCUCAAAAAAAAAAAUACAAUAAAAGCAAAGCUCCCCUGAGCUAAAAUCUCAAAAUCCCAUUCUUCAAUACCCAUUUCCUGUAAAAUUAAAGAGAAAGAAAAAUGUCCCAAAAUCGUAUAAAUCACUGUCAGGUCUCAUCUUUCCUUUCACAUGCAAACCCACCACAAAAUCUCCGAUACCUCCCAUUACAAUCCAAUCAACACAACACCCAAAAUCUCCGAUACCUCCCUGCAAUGGUGUAUUCACAGACCUGGUUGCUCCUCUAGAUUGGGCCACAAGAAGUCGACCUUGGUGGAGAGACAAGCACUCGAGGCGAUGGCAACAGCUGUGAUAGCAACGUGGGUGAUGGUGGAGGUGAUGGCAACGGCUGUGCCAGCGACGUGGGUGAUGGUGGAGGCGAUGGCAACGGUUGUGCUAGCGACAUGGGUGAUGGUGGAGGCGAUUGCAAUGGCUGUGACGGCGACGUGGGUGAUGGUGGAGGUGAUCGCAAUGGCUAUGACGGCGACGAGCGAAAGGCCGGUUCAACAAGCCUAAGAAAACCCAAAUCUGGGUUUUCAAACCCAGAUCUGGAAAGGAAGAAAGGAGAAGAGAGACUCUGAUUUUGAUUUUGAUUUUGAUUUUGGAGAGAAAGAAUAAGAAGGAUGAUCUGAU